AUGCCAUGGCGAGCCACCAUCCGGUCGGAAUCCGGAAGGGAAGCUCGCGCCGUUGCCAUAUCCAGGCCCGGCCGCAACAUGGUGCCGGUUCAGCCGAAGGGGCCAGUCCCUGGCCCUGGUCGCUGUUGGCUGCUGGCCGCUGGCUGUCGGCUGCUCGCUCAGCUUUCGCAUCCUUCGGGGUCGAUUCUCGCGUCAAGCAACGGACAGGGUCGUCACGAGCUGGCACCUCCGGACUGGGAGCUUGCCAGGCCGUCCACGGCAUCCCUCGCCCGCACAGGACUGGGCGAAGCAUUCCCGCGGCAGCAAUUUGACAGGGUCCCGUCCAUCUCCUUCCUCUGUUCCGCUUCCGAGACGAGAUCGGCAGCUGGUUGA